CGUGACCUGCUGCUAGUCACAUGACCCGCGGACGUUUCCCCAGGUCAGACCGACGGCGCUGAGACCGAGACCAGCAGUAACAGCAGCAACGGGACCAGCAGGUGGACCAGCAGGUCCCGGACGAGUUCAAGAUGCAUCUUCUUCUUUGGUACUUCCUGUCAUCUCUGCUGGCCAGUGACGCCGCUCCGGCGGCGGAUGAGAUCACGUUCCUGCCUGGGCUGGAGAAACAGCCCAGUUUCCGGCAGUUCUCCGGGUACCUGAGUGUGGCUGAUGGGAAACAUCUGCACUACUGGUUCGUGGAGUCCCAGAAGGACCCGGCCUCCGACCCGCUGGUGCUGUGGCUGAACGGAGGUCCUGGGUGCAGCUCCCUGGACGGGUUCCUGACCGAACACGGCCCCUUCCUGAUCCAGGAGGACGGAGCAACGCUGCUCUACAACCCGUACUCCUGGAACAAGAUUGCCAACAUGUUGUACCUGGAGUCUCCAGUGGGGGUCGGCUUCUCGUACUCAGACGAUACGAAAUACGCCACCAACGACACCGAGGUGUCCAUGAACAACUACCUGGCUCUGAAGGAGUUCUUCCAGCUGUUUCCAGAGUUCUCCAAGAACCAGCUGUUCCUGACGGGGGAGAGCUACGGCGGGAUCUACAUCCCCACCCUGGCUGAGAGGGUGAUGGAGGACGACAGUCUCAACCUGCAGGGCAUCGCCGUGGGAAACGGGAUGUCGAGCUACGAGAUGAACGACAACUCUCUGGUGUACUUCGCCUACUACCACGGCCUGCUGGGCAGCCGGCUGUGGUCGCAACUGCAGAGCUUCUGCUGCAGCGCCGGCAAGUGCGACUUCUACAACAACCCGGAGCAGAACUGCAGCCAGAGCCUCUCCGAGGUCCAGGACAUCGUCUACAGCUCAGGACUCAACAUGUACAACCUGUACGCCUCGUGUCCCGGUGGAGUCCACCAGCGGGUCAGUGUGGAGCGCGGGCAGCUGGUGAUCCGAGACCUGGGCAACAGCUUCAUCCACCACCGGUGGACCCAGCUCUGGAACCAGAAGCUGAAAGGUCUGGCAGCCGUGCAUCCGUCUGCUCGUCUGGACCCCCCCUGCACCAACUCCACCCCCUCCACCCUUUACCUGAACAACGCGUACGUGAAGACGGCCCUGCACAUCAGCCCCAAAGCCCUGCCCUGGGUCAUCUGCAGCGCCGAGGUGAACCUGAACUACCGGCGCAUCUACAUGAACGUGAAGGACCAGUACCUGAAGCUGCUGUCUGCUCUGAAGUACCGGAUCCUGGUGUACAACGGGGACGUGGACAUGGCCUGCAACUUCAUGGGGGACGAGUGGUUCGUAGAGUCUCUGCUGCAACAGGUGGAGGUUCAGAGGCGCACGUGGCUCUACGACGACGUUGACGGUCGGCAGGUUGGAGGUUUUGUCAAAGACUUCAACAACAUCACUUUCCUCACUGUGAAGGGUUCAGGUCACAUGGUUCCAACGGAUAAACCCAUCGCCGCCUUCGCCAUGUUCACCAGGUUCAUCAAGAACCAGCCGUACUGAGCUGAGAACAGUCUGGACCUGUUUGGUUUCCUAACACUGACAGCGGAUCAGCGCCCUGUUGCUCGGCAACGGAAGCAGAAAGUCCAUAACCAAUCAUGUUGUUCUUCUCCACUGACUCCCUCCCCUGAUUGCUGUUUCAGCAUGUGGCUGUCAUGGCAACAAGCACUGCCAGAUUUAUUUUCUAUGAAAAUAAAUUCUUUGAUUUACAGGAUGAACAAAUAAAUAAAGUUUGAUUUAAAUCAAA